UCAAAUAUGUGGAGGUGAAUUUAGGAAGUAAGACUGUUUUUAAAGAGGGAAGCAGAGGGGCGACCUCUCAUGUCCAGAUAAACAGUGUAAAAGAAAUGCUCGUAGUUUUCUGUUUGUGGUGAGUUCACGGUCACUCGCUGUCAACGGGGAACAUGGUUGUGCUGCGUUCAAAAUCCUCGCUGUUGUGGUUCCUCGUUGUUGUGACAGCUCAUGUGACUGAAGCCGAGUGGGGGCCGAGGCAUUGGAUGAAACCGACCGAAGAUGAGGAGCCGAUCUGGGCGUCCCAAGACAACACGGUCUCCUUCAGCUCCAGAAAAUCCUCCGGUCCGCCGGUCGCCGCCGGGCCCGAGCCGGGAGACCUUGCGGCUGCGUUCAAAGUCCCAACUCUGGAUGGGGAGUUUUCCUACGAGCCCGGAGCUGUGCGGGGAUCUGUGGUCAUCCACGCCUUCACCAACAAGUCCGGGUUUCUGGAGUGUCUGUGGAGCUCGGAGUCGUCCCUGACCAGCCUGGUGCAGGACCUGCCGGACAGCACACACGUGCUCUUCCUGUCCCUGGACGACUCUGCAGUCAGUGAUGCUCUGUGGAUGAGGGACCAGCUGCAACGGGCCGCCAUGCACAGUAAGAAGGAAGUCCUCUCCAGGCUCCACUUCUCUCCGGUGCCGGUCUUCGCUCUGGGCAACUGGAUUCCCAAUGUGCUCUACUACUGGGGCUGCAUGGGACGCAACUGUGGCCUGUCCCAGGUUGUUUUCACCUCUAAGGGGUGGAACAUGCCUAUAAUUGUCAAGAGACUGGAUUCCAGGUACGAUUGGAUCAUGGCACGCUGGGGUCAGAUGUCGUAUCAGUUGAUUGAUGCAGGAACCGGAUGUGAUCCUUCCCCGUCUGUGGCAGGUGCUGUGGCCUGGGUGUCUGAGGGCAACUGCUCCUUCUUCACUAAGGUGCAGGCCAUGGCCAAAUCCAACGCCUCCGGUGUCCUGGUCUAUGCCCUCCCCGGUAACCCGAUCCAGGACAUGAACUGUGUUGAGGCUGAAUGUUAUACGCAGCUGGGCAUCCCAGCUGCCAUGGUGCACCUGGAGUCUUCGGUUGCUCAGGCGCUCCGGUUUGGACAGAAGGUUAACGUGUCCUUCCAGACCACUCCGUCCCCAAACUUCUUCAUCGGUAUUGACCAACAGGGGGCGCUGGCUGAGAUGGGCUGGUUCCUUUACCCCACGUUCAGCUUCAUCAACUGGCAGGCGCAGUGGUUUGAUUUCGCUGCAGAUCUGCACGCCAAACUAAAGAAUCCUGCCAAGGUUGUUUCUGUCCUCGACAAAGUCCAAAUGCACGGGGAGAAAGGAGCGGUGGCUACAGUCGACCUGCCUUUAGGCUUGUUGGACUUUGACUCGCUGGAGCUGGACGCGUCCCUGUCAUGUCCCGGCAGGAGAGACUCGUCCUGCGCUCAGUGGGAUCACACGGUGCAGCUGUUUGUUUGCUGCGAUCACCUGAGUCCAUACUGCAACAUGGAGCUGGGCCGAUGGAUCACCGCCUUCCGCAGGGGAAUCGGGCGCUGGGUUACAGAUGUGUCACCCCUCAUCCCCCUGCUGGACAGCAACAAAUGCACCUUCACCAUGAAGACGGUGCCGUGGGCGAUGCCGUGGAUUGCCUCCCUCAAUCUGAGAUUCAGUGUCAGCAAUCAGACAGGUAAUAGUGUGGAGAAGCUCCUCCCCUUCAAAGUGAUGUCACUGUACAGUGGGGGUACCUUCGAUAAAAACUACAACAAGAGGUUCCAGCCAAUCAAAUUCUCUGUCCCGGCUUCAACCAAAAAGGUGGAGCUGUUCGCCGUCAUCACGGGCCACGGCAGCGACGAGAACGGCUGCGGAGAAUUUUGUGUCACCUCCCACCACUUCUUAAUCAACGCAGUGUUCAACAACACCCGCGUGUUUGAUUCUGCAGGAACAGCUCUGGGCUGUACCAUGCGAGUGAAAGAAGGCGCAGUGCCAAACGAACACGGCACAUGGCUGUAUGGGCGAGGAGGCUGGUGUGACGGACUGCAGGUCGACCCCUGGAGGAUGGAUGUCACCAAACAGUUGGACAUGAGUGGAUCUGAAUCCAACACUGUCGUCUAUUUCGGUUUGUUCGACGGGCGGGAUCCCAAUCCAUCUCAGCAACCCGGUUACAUCAUCAUGUCCUCUUUUCUUGUCUUCUACAAAUGAUGCCACUCCAUAAAACUGCUGACUGUUGAUUGAUUGAGUGAAUGUUACUGUAUGUACAGUGAAAUCAAAGAUUAAAUUUCUAUUUUCCUACUGUU